UUUCCACCAUGAGAUCUGUCUUACUGAGACUCUCGCUGGUCUGCGGUGCAUGUAGCUCUCACCUUCUGAAACGUAUCUGCUGCUCCAAAGAUGAAACUUCAUUUUAUUUUCAGUACGCUUGUAGUGGCCCAUGUAAUAACUGAGUGUGUCUGGGCACAUUACACACCAACCACAGUGGUGAAAUGCCAAGGAGAUUCCUUCAACCUCCUGUGUACUGACAAUUUGAAUGAUGAAGAUGAUUUUAAUGAUUACUCGUGCAUUAUGGUACCAAACAGAGGUCAUAAAGAUGAGAUGAGUGGACAUGAAGUGAAAAACCACCAAGAAUAUGAAACCUUAUUGUUGUCAUUUGAAAAUGUGCAAUCUACAAGUUCAGGGACCUAUACAUGCAAAACUAGCAAAGGCGACACUCUGUGCAGCAUAAAUCUGACUGUUAAAGCUGAUGGCACAUGUACGAGUAAUGUUAACGAUGUAUCUUAUGGCAUCAUUGCUGCUAUUGUGGUUCCAGUGAUCAUAGCAGUUAUUAUCAGCAUCAUUAUGUGUUUGCUUUACUGGAAAAGAGCAUACGUGUCACAGGUGGUGAAGAAAACCCUAGAAAGUCAGGUGAAUCCAUCGGUGGACAACAUUUAUGAAGAACCCAAGACUGUUCCAUACUACAUAGACAUUCAUUCAUUUCCUUUUGAAAAAGAAAAUGUGUAAACAGUACACAAAUGCAUAAAACUCGAGCAGUUUCAUAAAGAUACUUGUCUAAAAAUCUCUUUGGCUAAAUGCCACUGUAUUUUAAAAAGAUAUAUAUGCAUAUUUUGUCGGUCGCUAAUAAAGUCUUGGAGGAAAUUAUUUAUUAUUUAACAAAUGUGCUACCUUAAUAAGAAUAUUUUUAAAAAUGUGAGUCCUAUCCUUGCUUGUGGAGGCUGAAUUAGAUCCAUACACCACCUGUUUAAAGCCUUAUCCAAUAUAAAAGGGUCAAAAGAAGAAGACAGAUCUGUAUGGGUGGGGUGAAGAUCAGAAUUUAAAUGAUAAAGUUUUACUAGCUUUCCAGGAAACUAUAGUGAACUAUGAAAAUUGUCUACAGGACUUCUAAUAGUAUGAGUGACAGAAAGUUGCUAAGACAAGGGCAAUAUUAUUAACUCAGGUAUCAGAGGAGGCUUGUCAUUAACCAAAUGCAACACUAUUUAAUGUGAUAUUUAAGGAUACUACUAAAAGUAGUAAAAAUAGAAAAAUCCCAAUGCUGGCAGAUGACCAACAACCAUUAUUGGCAUUGAAAUGUUAAGGAAGGACCUGCCUUGCAAAUUCACUCUUUGUGGUUAGAAGUUUGGUGGUGAAAGUUCCAUUAAGAGGGAAAACAAGUCACAAGCACAAACUUGUACUUGAAUACAUAGAUACAUUUUUCAUUUGCUGAAUAAUAAGGACCUUGAGUUCUGUGUGGAGAUCGAUGAGAUCUUCAGUUCCACUUACAUCUAAAAAACACAGGGAUCACAUUGCAACUGGCUAGAACUGUCCAUACAUUUUGUCAAUCGAAAGUGGUGUUGUGACUAGAAAUUAUAUUUUUUAUAUGAAGGAAUAUUUCAAUGGUGAAAUGCUGAGUUUCAGAGUUUGAAGACAAAAUCCAGAAACCAAAACCAAAUACGAGUGAGGGGCAGACAAUUGUGUGAACGUCUUUAAAAGGGGCAAGACAAGUGCAUACAGCAGAAAUCUGAAAUUCUUAACAUGGGAAAAUGUUUUAGCUUUGAUCACAAAAAGAAGCUCUUUUUAGGUAAAGUUCAGACCAAGGAAUCACUGCAGCCUCUUGACUUUAAAUACUAUGGUGUCCAUUCCAUACCUGAUUGGUGUUUGGAGCAACCAGUAUGGCACAAAUAUUAGUUGAUAUCAUCAAAUCCUAACCAAAAGAAAGUGAAUAGGAUUAUUGAGUGGCAGUAAUUAUUUAUGAAUAUUAGACAAAGUCAUUGUCAGAAAAUAGACACAGUUCAGAAACAAGGUAAAAAUCAUCCUUUAUCAAUCACAGGCAAACCUUUUGUAGGUAAAACUUUUUUUUUGUUUUAAGCUGAAGUCUUGAAAGGUUUUAUUUUUAUUAAAUAAUAGAAAGAUGCUUCAGUCAUUUAAUGUUAACUUUAAACUAAGAUAAGGAGAGCUCUGUAUAUGGCACAUGUUAUCCAUGUCAGUGCAUUUUUUUCAUGCCCCAGCCAUGAGCAAAUAAGCUUAGAAAGUCUUAUAUGCCCAAUAUUAAAAUAUUUAAACAAAUUCUUAACUAAAAUUAAACUAGUAACACACAAACAAUGUUAAUUUUGCCCAGAGCCUGACAGAUUGGGGCCUAAAGUGUCCAGGUAGGAGUGGCAGGAGAUGGUCUAGCGUCCCAUCCAUGAACGGUUCUCACUGUAGUGAGAAAAUCUGGAUUCAGAAGAUAGGUGGGUAAGUUAAACGACUGGCAUACAGAGGCUGAGGACCUUGAAACUUGUCAGGAAGUGAGGGGAUUUCUCAGCUAAUUGUAAGAAAGGAAUAUUUACAUAUAAAGUAUAAAGCUAGGAGGUAUAUAUUAAUUUUUAGGAUGACCAUAGGAAUGAAGUGUAUAAUCUGAAAUGACCUGCCUACCCAUGUGUAAUGGCUGGGGUGAGUGCAGCAAUGGCUGGCUGAAAAAGAAACUACUGAUUCGUAAAAAGUACCCUCAUAGUACAAAGCUCAAUUGGCUGAUGGGACCGAGGAAAUUCUUUUUUAGGUACAGUGGCGGAUAAGGGUGCUCUGUAAUCCAGACCCCCUGAAUUCAAGUCCCACCACUGCUAUCUGUGUGUGAACAAGCAUCUUAGAGGGAGGCAUCAUCCUGAGUGAAUUCACCAGCAGAGACACCACACUUUCCCCUCAAAGAAUUCACUUUCUGCUUUUCUUUAUGAUUUAGAAGAAUUGAUUUUAAAAUGUUAACCAAUUUACUAAAUGAACAAUUGAAAUGUGAGUUUUAAAAAAGAUGAAAGCAAACUAUUUACCUAGAAAAGUUUAUUUUUUUAAGAAAGAGGAAUGAGAGAUUUAUCAGAAUGUUUAAAUACAGAACUAGAAGUUAAAAUAAAUAUAUACUGUAGGAUAUACCAGAAAUACGGAUGAAAGAAAAUACCACAAUGCUGAUGGAUCUAUGAGAUUUAAAAUGAUAAAUGUCAAGCUUUAUUCAAUGUGUAAUAGUGGAGAACUAUUGGAAUUGGAUGAGAGGACCACAAGCUGAUUAGAAGAAUGGUUCUACUCUAGUCAGACAAGAUUACUAAAAGAGUCUACUUCUUGUAGUCAUUAAAAUAAAUAUGAAAAGCUUAUCAGAAUAGUAGUUCACACUUAUGAAACUAUGGCUCAGGCAAUGGAAUUUAAAACCCAACCUGGUCACAUUCUGUCGAGGCUGCACGUUGUCUUUUUGUCUUUGUGGCAGAUGUAAACGGUGUGUAUUUCCUGUGACACACUGAUAUUCAGUAUUGUUACCAAAUGGAUGUUAUCUUUUAUACAGAGAAUGAAGCAUGGGUUGACUUCACUACAUAAUGCCCUUUAUCCAAUUAAUAUGUAUUGUCAUUUUAACUACAUUUCUUUGAUUUCUGCUAAUUAACAUAUAAAUUAAUCAUAGUACAUGAAUGAGAUUGUUUUUUACCUAUUUAGAUCACAAAAAAGUGGCCUAAUGCUGCCCAGUGUAUCACAGCUGUUUCUCACUUGAAGAACUCUGCCUCAUUUUCUGGUGUUAUUCUCCGUUCUCCUCGUGUUCAUGUUGGGAUUAGUGGACUGGCAACUCUACACUGUCGUGGUGUCUAUGUGAGUCAAGUCCAGUUAUGGAGUGGCAUUCAAGCGUUCUGUCCAAAGGCUCCUCUUGCUGUUGAGAAGAGCCAGCAUAGAAGACGAAUUAACAGAAUACCACAGGAGGAAAACUAUGUCCCUACUAUGUAGACUGUUGUGGAGAUGUUUUGUACUACUGCGUUGAGCUCUCUCAUAUGGUGCUCUGUCUGUUCAUUUAUUGUAAUUCUCUAUGGGAUGUAAAUCUUUUUGUCUCAUUCGGGUAAAUUCUACUUUACUAGUAUGUGGAUAAGUUAAUAAAAAAUUAGUAAAACACCAAA